UUGUGUUGCCUGGCCAAGCCAGUUAGCGAGUGUCUCUCUUGUUAGCUAUUUAUAAAACCGUGUCGACCGGGCAGGUUUUAAAAGUGUUCUCACACUUGUUGGUGUAUAUUUGAAGACGUGUUAAACACACACCGACUUGUGGUUUUGUUGUCUGUUUAAAAUAAAUAAGGUGAGACUGUCAGAGCAGCGCAGCUAGCUAACGUUAGCCAGGUAACGUUUAGUUAAUGUGUUGCUGUAGAAAUCUCCGGGUUAGCUCGAUCGCUAGCUGAGCAGCGCUUAAACACGGGAGCAGGAAUGAACCAUAAAAGUAAGAAGAGGAUUAAAGAGGCGAAACGGAGCGCCAGACCCGAACUGAAGGACUCAUUAGACUGGAUAAAACACGAUUAUCAUGAGGCUUUCGACCUGUCACACCGCACCGUAAAGGACAACGUGGAGCGCGUGGACACCCGCCACCUCAGUCCCGAAGACUUCAUCCGGCGAUUUGAGCGUCCCUACAAGCCCGUGGUCCUGCUGAACGCGCAGGACAGCUGGCCCGCCCGGGAGAAGUGGACCCUGGAGCGCCUCAAACGCAAAUACCGCAACCAGAAGUUCAAGUGCGGGGAAGACAACGACGGCUACUCGGUGAAGAUGAAGAUGAAGUACUACAUGGAGUACCUGGAGAGCACACGGGACGACAGCCCGCUCUACAUCUUUGACAGCAGCUACGGGGAGCACGCCAAACGGCGGAAGCUGCUGGACGACUACCAGGUGCCCGUCUUCUUCAGGGACGACCUGUUCCAGUUCGCAGGAGAGAAGCGCCGGCCGCCGUACAGGUGGUUUGUGAUGGGCCCGGCCCGCUCCGGCACCGGCAUCCACAUCGACCCGCUGGGCACCAGCGCCUGGAACGCCCUGGUCCAGGGACACAAGAGGUGGUGUCUGUUCCCCACCAACACCCCCCGCGAGCUCAUCAAGGUGGCCAGAGAGGAGGGGGGCAACCAGCAGGACGAGGCUAUCACCUGGUUCAGCGUCAUCUAUCCCAGAACGCAGCAGCCCAACUGGCCGCCCGAGUUCACGCCGCUGGAGAUCCUGCAAAGACCCGGGGAAACCGUCUUUGUGCCUGGCGGGUGGUGGCACGUUGUCCUCAACCUGGACACGACAAUCGCCGUCACUCAGAACUUCGCCAGCACCACCAACUUCCCCAUUGUGUGGCACAAAACUGUCCGAGGGCGACCCAAACUCUCCCGGAAGUGGUACCGUAUCUUGAAGCAGGAGAGGCCCGACCUGGCGGCGCUGGCAGACAAAGUGGACCUUCAGGAGUCGACGGGCAUCGCGUCAGACAGCUCCAGCGACUCUUCGUCUUCAUCUUCCUCCAGCUCGUCUGACUCCGACUCUGAUGCAGCGGAGGGUGACGCAGUGUCCCACCGCAGGAAGAAGAGACGGACCUGCGGCGCGGCGGCCAACGGAGACACCAGCAGCCAGGACGACUGCGUCAGCAAGGAGAGGAGCUCGUCACGGUGACCUCCGACCUGCGGCCGUCUGCAGCUGGUCAACACGCAAACAGCUGCUCCCUGUCUAGGGCUGCAUCCACACCGUUACGUUUUGGUUUCACAUCAAACAUCUUUUGCCCACAUUCACACAGCUCCGGUGUUUCAAAGCCUCUAAACAUCAGGAAACAUUUCUGACACCGUUUGUGGUUUGAAAUCUCCGAGGUUGUGUAGCAGUCUCAGCCGCCGCAAACAAAGACCUCCCUAACUGAUAAGACUGACCGCAGUGUGGUUUCCAAAAGUCUCCAUCUUUGAGCUGUGGCGAUAUGGAAAGAUAUUACUUUAUAUUACGAUAUAAUUGACAAAUACAUCGAGGACAAUUUUGCGGCAUUGUCGGGUUGACUAUUGGUGCUUCCACAAAAUAUUAACACAAUGAGAGUUUUGAUAAUCUCCAAUAACAUGGAUCACGAUGUUAUAAUAUCCAAAAGUUUUCGAGCCCAUAAACCGGAGACAUUUGGAAUCUGCGGGGUUGUGUUGCAGUCUCAAACGGAGACCUUUGGAAGCACCGAUGUAUGUCGGUCAGUCAGUCUUAUCAUCACGAGUGGUCUUGAGAUAUUUGGGUUUGGGCGUGUUAGUUCAAACGGAGAAUAUUUCUGCUACCGUAGCUAAAAACGUCUUGUGUGCACGGAGAUGAUUUUGUGGCUU